AUGCACCAGGCGGCCUCCUGCAAGCUCCAGGAACAACUGGAGGGACGGCUGCAGGUGUUCACGGACGAAUCUGUGAUGCCAGACGGGACCGCAGCGGCCGCAUGCGUAAUCCCGUCCAGAGCCAACAGCAGGCAGUGCAGGCUACCCUUCCCGGUGAGCUCCACGGCUGCGGAACUUGCUGGACUGCAUCUCGCAGUAGACCUGUUGGCUGAGGACAUCCCCCUUGAGCCGGCAGCGGUCCUGUGUGACAACAAGGCAGCCCUGCAGACCCUGGCCAACUCCCGCUGUGCCGCACUGACCGCCUGCCUCCUGACAGCCAGGGUUCGUGCCCUCACCGACGCCGGGGUGUCCGUCUCCUUCCACUGGCUGCCCUCCCACGUGGGCAUCGCUGGAAACGAGAAGGCGGACACACUCGCCAAGGCUGCCCACCAGCCUGGUACUCCCCACUCCUGUGCCGUGGCGGCCAGGGACUAUUCACAGGCCCGUCUCAAGAGGCUCCUCGUCACAGUCCACCCAAACCCUAGGGUGGCCAGCGGGCGAGGACCAAAGCCUCUCCCAGAGACGGGCCUCACCAGGAGAGAACGGGCCUCCCUGUUGCGACUGCGGACCGGCUGCGUGUGGACAGCCGCCCGCCGCCACGCCAAGGACCUCUGUCCCUCCACGGCCUGCAGCCGUUGCGGAAACCCAGAGACCCUCGAACACCUCCUCUGUGCCUGCCCUGGCUUAGCAGAGGAACGCUUGAGGGCCUACACGGCCUACAGGAGACAGGGUGUGCCCGUCUCCACCCUGGAAGACCUGCUGUUCCCAUCUCGUCCACAUACAGCAGCACUCCGCAGCCUGGCAGAGUUCGUGGAGGAGUCACGAAUUGCUGCCUACCGCUGA